AGCGGGGCAGGGGUAGGGACCUGAACACCAGACACUUGGGGGCCAUGGCGGGGCCAGACCGUGCUCCUGUUCUCGCUGGCCCGCGCCCCGAAGACCCGCGGUGCCGCACUCCUGUAGCUGAGGGCGCCCCUGUCCGCGCGAGAACCCGAGGUGGGAGCCGGGCUCCGAGGACAGCAGGUAGCCGGUUGCCAGAAUCUUUGGUGGACAUUCUGGUUGGAGUCCGAAAUCGGGAGCUGAGACCUUGCUCGCACUCCCGACUCUCUCUUGGGGACUAACUUCUGGCGCCCAGGAUGACAGGCAGCAAGUCCGGGUGAACACGGCCAAAGGAUUGAGUGGCGGAAAUGGAAGCGACAGAAGAAGGAGGAGAAGAAGAAAUGGAAGGACCUCAAAAUGAUGAAAAAACUGGAGCAACAGAGGGCACAGGAGGAGCAGACAAAGCUGCAGGAAGAGGAGGCUGCCGCUGAGAGUGAUGACCGGGGGCGGCCCUACACCCUGAGUGUGGCCCUGCCAGGGUCCAUCCUGGACAAUGCCCAGUCCCCUGAGCUUCGUACCUACCUGGCUGGCCAGAUCGCCAGAGCCUGUGCCAUCUUCUGUGUGGAUGAGAUUGUGGUGUUUGAUGAAGAAGGCCAAGAUGCCAAGACGGUGGAGGGGGAGUUCCGGGGAGUCGGCAAGAAGGGGCAGGCAUGUGUGCAGCUGGCCCGGAUCCUGCAGUACCUGGAGUGUCCACAGUACCUGAGAAAAGCAUUCUUCCCCAAGCACCAGGAUCUCCAGUUUGCAGGGCUCUUGAACCCACUGGAUAGCCCUCAUCACAUGCGUCAGGAUGAGGAAUCUGAGUUCCGAGAGGGUGUUGUGGUGAACCGGCCCACCCGGCCAGGCCAUGGCUCCUUUGUUAACUGUGGCAUGAAGAAGGAGGUCAAGAUUGACAAGAACUUGGAGCCUGGACUUCGGGUGACUGUGCGACUGGACCAGAAGCAGCUCCCAGAAAGCAAGACCUACCGUGGGAAAGUCGUGUCAUCAGAGGAUCCCCGUGUCAAAGCUGGCCUCUACUGGGGCUACACAGUCAGACUGGCCUCCUGCCUCAGUGCUGUGUUUGCUGAGGCCCCCUUCCGGGAUGGGUAUGACCUAACCAUUGGGACGUCUGAGCGAGGCUCCAACGUAGCAUCUGCGGAGCUUCCCAGCUUCAGGCACGCUCUUGUGGUUUUCGGGGGACUUCAGGGACUAGAAGCUGGAGUGGAUGCAGACUCCAACCUGGAGGUGGCUGAACCCAGUGUUCUUUUUGACCUGUAUGUCAACACCUGCCCCAGCCAAGGGAGCCGCACUAUCCGCACAGAGGAAGCCAUCCUCAUCUCCUUGGCUGCCUUGCAGCCCAAACUCAUCCAGGCAGGUACCCAACCCAGCUGAAGGCUCUGCCAGGCCCAGGACAUCAGAGGAGUCUUGACCCAGACAGAGGUGGGAAUCCUGGACAGUCAUAG